AUGCAAAAUAAGUGCGAAUUUCUGAUCGGCGAUCUUUUUCUUCAAAGAGAAUCUGCAUCUGUGCACCCACCGAGUCAGUGUUCAAAACAAUCUUGGAAAGUGCUCAAGGGAGCUUGUGAAAAACAAGAGUGCAACCUUCUAUCACUGCUAGACGCGAGGGUUCCAAACAUCACAACGAGCACAAUGAAGCACAUCUUCUUCAGUAUAUGCCUGAUGUGCCUAUCAGUUCCUCUUCUAGGAGAAAUAGAAGUUGGAGAAGUGGAACCUGAUAGGGAAACGGGAGCUGAAAGGAAGGACGAGAGUAUGCUCACAAUAGCGAAUCUGGACAGCUAUUUUGACAUGAUGAAGAUGUUCCGAGGAAUGUUGCCAAAGGACCUAAUGUCGACCAUUGACAGUCUCAACAUAACCGAAAAAGGAGAGCUUGUAGCAUUCCUGUCUGAUUGGUAUCAUGGCCGUAUCAAGAAGCCAGAAAAUAAAGCAGAGAUUGUUGAAUUGAUCAAGGAUAAACUGCCAACAGUUUACGAGAAAAUCGAUGCGCUUAACACUACUUUCUACGAGAAAUUCCUCAAACUUAAACCAGAAACUCAGGAACUUCUGAGAUCGUGGCGUGAUAAGGCUAUUGAAUUGGAGGGUGAGACAGCAGCUGAAUCUGCGGCCAAACGGCUGCAAUUCCUCAGGGACGUCGCUCUUUCGGUACAAACGAUGAACAAUGAGACUAAAGAAGACAUUAGAUCGCAGUUCCCAUUGGCUGUGAAUCUGACGGAAGGGUUCGGCUUCACCGUUUUCACGACCAUGGCAAUGAUUGUGCAGAAGAUCAUGGAAGGUUUUGGUGCUCAAGGUGCGGCGACCGUUGCUCCUCAGGACUGUGCUGUGCCCAUGAAUUAA